UACAGCAGCUACUAGAAACUACCUGCACGAGACUGCUGCCGGCCUGUGACGUCAAGGCGCACCGCACCGCCGCCCUGCAGUGUGAUUUUAGAAAAGAGCUGAUGUGCUUGGGAGGACGAGGCGGCCCACCAACAGACCGAUAUCAGAUUUGGGUCUGUCGGAAGCCAUCGGAUAUUUCGAAACUGCACGGGCUUUGAGAAACCUCGAGAACAUAUGACGGGUUUGUUUUCGGAGAUGCGGUUACGGGGAAUCGCGCGGUGAACUCUUCGCUCGGUCGCGCGCCUCUCUGCUGCUUCUCCCGUAGCGUCGGGCUCGCGCUGGACAACCGUCGGUGCCGUUGCUGGAUACAUCCUCAAAACAGACAAACAAACUAAAGUAUUUCGCGUUCCCAUACAGUGUGACCUCCCGUGCUUGAUAUUUAGCUGUUGGAACGAAGCGUCAAUUGGGUGGAGUUGCUGUGCGUCGUAUAAUAUGCAUGCACUCAUUGGGAAACGAAGCAACUAGCGCGCUAGCAGCGCAAGCUAACCGCUGUCCCGUGUUAUGACGGUGAUCUGCAUGCCUGUAGCGUUUUAUCACGGGUUUGAGUUUGAUGCCGGUCCCGGACGGGCACCCUUGACUCCUGAGAUCCCCGGCAGAAAUUAACUUCCCCCUCAUUUUAUUGACAUGGCAAACGGUUAGCCCGAGCAGGCCUAUCCUAGCCAGUGCGUUGGCUAGUAUGAAAUCAGUUCACUAGACAGCAUGCGAACCCGCGUCCAUAAUAAUGGCUUGUUUAUAUACUAUACGGGAAGUAACACCGGGGUCAGUGAGCUUAUAAUAAAAUAUCUUAUAGAUAUGGGGAGAUUAGCUCGCUGACAACCGGUUGCGGGCCAUUUGAUUACAGUCAAUUUGACAACAGGUUUUUAACAUCCUACUAAAAGUGGCAGGCGCGCGCAUGUUUCACCAUGCAUUUUUUCAAAGGACAACUGGGUGUCACUGUAGCAAUCGCUCGGAUAAUAGAGGCACUGCCUCCAGCUAGCUAGCUAAAUUGGUCGUCUGACGUUAAAAAACGGUAACAUGCUAGUUUUCGAGUCGAUUUUAUGCUCUAAAUAACUAGCCGUUCACACACAUCUCACGUUUAAUCUCAGCUGACGUCGUAGCCCGUAGUUGACACACAGUUGACUGUCUGUCAGUGAGAGAGGGGGAUGCCCUAAACAACUGAACCAUGUCGAGCAAAGCUUCGAGUAAAGAGAAAAAGUCCGGCUUCAGUAAGAAGCUCUUCCGCCGGGGCUCGGUGCGGUCCGUGGGAAGUUUUAUGAGCAGAGUCCUAAAGACUCUCUCGACGCUUUCUCACUUCAGCUCGGAGUUACACGCACCGGAGGGCGACAAGGACGACGGGGGAUUCAACGCCUUCAAGAGCGAGGGCAAGGGAUCCGUCGUGUCAGAUGAGAGCGACUGCGGGGGAUUUCUACCCAGUGACAAAAUACCCGGGGUGUCCGGACUGAAAAACCACGGCAAUACGUGUUUCAUGAACGCUAUUUUGCAAUGCCUGAGCAACACGGAGCUCUUCGCGGAGUAUUUGGCUUUGGAGCAGUACCGAGGGGAUGAGACCGACGAGGAGAAGCCCAAAACCAACGGUGUGGUGCUGAUGAAAGGCCUCCAGGACCGGGGAGAGGUGACAGAGCAGCUGUCUGGACUUGUCCGAGCCCUGUGGACUUUUGAGUACACGCCACAACACAGUCGAGACUUCAAAAAUGCUGUGGCAAGGAGUGCCAUGCAGUACCGGGGAAAUGCGCAGCACGAUGCCCAAGAGUUCCUCCUCUGGCUUCUCGAUCGUGUCCAUGAAGACCUAAACCAUAUUGUGCAUCCCAACAGCAGACCCUCUGUAAAGCCACCUAUUGAGGAAGAUGAUGGAGCAUUAGAGGGACCUUCACCUCCUCUUUCAGCUGGCUCAUUUGUCCAAGAGCUCUUUCAAGCUCAAUACAGAUCUUCGCUUACCUGUCCGCACUGUCAAAAACAGAGCAACACCUUUGAUCCUUUUCUCUGUAUCUCCCUCCCGAUUCCAUUACCUCACACACGGCCUCUGUAUGUGACCGUGGUAUAUCAAGGCAAGUACUCUCACUGCAUGAGGAUCGGUGUGGCCGUACCACUCAACAGCACUGUGUCCAGACUGAGAGAGGCCGUGUCACGUGAGACAAAGAUACCGCCAGACCAGUUUGUCCUGACUGAAAUGUAUUACGAUGGUUUCCACCGCUCCUUUUGUGACGAUGACGACGAUCUUGAUAUCAUUCAAGAAAGUGACUCAAUCUUUGCUUUUGAAACGCCUGAGACUUUUAGAUUAGAAAACAUUCGCUCUAAACGAGGGAGCCUCCUCGCAAACCUGAAUCAAAACAAUUUAAAAUACGGAGCAGAAAACAGCCGGACGCCAUCCUUCAUGCAGGGUGCGGUGAAUCCAGCAUCACCCAACAAAAACAGUGGAUGUGAGAAAAUGAUUCUGCUGAUCUGUAACCGAGCCUGCACUGGACAUCAAGGACGAAGGUUUGGACUGCCUUUUGUACUUUAUUUGGAGCGCAGUGUGACUUGGGAUGUGUUACAGAAAGAAAUUCUAGAGAAAAUGCGACACCUACUAAGGCCAGGAGUUUACAUCCAGGUGGGACCCUUUAGUCUGCGUGUGGUCGGUGUGGUUGGAAUCACAUACCUGUUGCCACAGGAGGAGCAACCACUGUGUCACCCCACUGUGGAAAGAGCAUAUAAAUCUUGUGGGCCUGGAGGACCUCCUCAUGUUAAGAUUGUCGUGGAGUGGGACAAAGAGACCAAGGAAUAUCUGUUUGGACACACUGAGGAAGAGUAUAUCCCUGAUGCUGAGAGUGUGUAUCUGCACAGAGAACAGCACCAUCAGCCACAGGCAUGCACCCUCGCUCAAUGCUUCCAGCUCUACACCAAAGAGGAGCAGUUGGCACCUGAUGAUGCCUGGCGCUGCCCCCACUGCAGACAGCUUCAACAGGGCCGGAUCAAACUCAGCCUGUGGACCCUGCCUGAUGUUCUCAUACUACAUCUCAAGAGAUUUAGACAGGAAGGUGACAGGAGGGUGAAGAUGCAGAACAUGGUGAGGUUUCCUUUGAUUGGCAUGGAUAUGGCACCCCAUGUGGUGAAGAGAAGCCAGAGUAGCUGGAGCCUGCCCUCCCAUUGGUCACCAUGGAGACGACCCUAUGGACUUGGCCGUAACCCUGACGACUACCUUUAUGACCUGUAUGCGGUUUGUAAUCAUCACGGCAACAUGCACGGAGGACAUUACACAGCUUACUGUAAGAACUCCAUUGAUGGGCAGUGGUAUUGCUUUGAUGACAGUGAAGUUCAGCCUGUAGCUGAUGAGGACGUCUGCCAGCAGACCGCAUACAUUCUGUUCUAUCAAAGGAGGACGACUAUUCCCUCCUGGUCGGCUAACAGCUCUGUUGCAGGUUCCACUAGCUCGUCUUUAUGUGAUCACUGGGUUAACCGGCUCCCGGGCAGCAGGCCACCCAGUGUGGCAUCUGGAGCCUCUUCUAGACGCACAUCCCUCAUCUCUUUGGCCGAGUCAGUGGAGUUUCCCGGUGACCGCAGCGAAGACGAUGCUUUAGCGCUUACUAACACAGGAUCUCCCGCCUUGCUCAGAGGAUUCUCAACGCGGCCCUUCGUGAGGAGCAUUCAACGGCAGAGCUUGUCCUCCAGAUCUUCGGUUACCAGUCCUCUAGCUUUUAGUGAAAACGGGAUGAAACCUUCCUGGUCCCUGUCGACGAAACUCCAGAUGAGAUCCAACUCGCCCUCACGAUUCUCUUUGGACUCCCGCUCUUCUCCUCCUCUGGAGAGGAUUGGAGAAGCUUGUGAUGACAAGGUGUCCACAUCUUGUUUCGGCGGUUACAGCAGACAUGAGCGUCAACCAAGUAGUAAAGCCCCUCUGGCCAUGAUGGAGGGUAACGGUAGCGAUGACGGCAACGGGAAACACAUCCUGGAUGAGGCAUAUUGUAGAGCUCCGGUACAGACUGACAAGAAGAGCUCCAAAGGUGAGCCUGUAGACAACAACAACCAGAUUAACGCUGUGGAUCAAAACACGGUCGGAGCGCUCUCCAAAGAGCAGAAGCAUAAGGUAUCAGGAUCGGGUCAGAAAGCAGAAGUGUCCGGCAGCAAGAAGAGCUCCACCAAGACUAAAGGCGAUCAAGAGAAGUCCUCGAAGAAGCGGCAGAGCACCUCAUCCAUAACAAAGUCUCCAUCUUCACAAGUGUCUUCCAGCCCUCAAACAAAGGGCACCAAAUCGACCAAUCUUAAAGAAAAGAGCGAUUCUCCCAAGAGCACCAAGGGUACACCUUCAGGAACGCCCUCCAGAAGGAAAGAGUCCCAAGCGCAGGUGUCUCCAGUGUCAGGCGGCACAAAAGUCAAGCCGUCGCUUACCUCCACACCACAAUCCUCUGCGUCUCCAUCACCCACUGCCAAGAAAAGCUCCUUGGCGGCUGAGAGAAACUCCAUCUCCUGCAAGAAAAAGCUGGCGGAGAGGGGCUCCAGCAAGGACUUGGCACCCACCAGUCCCCUAGCAGAGAAGUCCAAAGCCAACGCCACCCCGAGGACAUCCCAGCUCAGAAGUGGCGAGGGAAGCCGUCCGGAGAGGAGGACGAUCAGAAGCUCCAGCAGUAGCUCCUCAGUCACCAGCCUGCGCUCCCCAAGCAUCUCCUCAAGAGACCUCCACCGCUGCAACAAGUCGGAAGACAAGGGACUCUCGUUUUUCAAGAGCGCGCUUCGGCAGAAAGAGACCCGACGGUCUGCCGACCUGGGCAAGACCACGAUUCUCGCCAAGAAGGCUUCCGAGAGGACAGCCAGAUCCAGCAGCCAAAAUAAACUCAAUAGUGUCGAAGACGGAGAAGGAUCGGGGAGCUCCUCCAAGCAGGUCUCUCCGGAGCCACGCUCCUGCAAGGCCACCGUGGAGAAAGACUCCUCGAAAACGUCGACCCCUGUCAAACGCUCUCUUUUACCAGUGGGCAAGUCGAAGUCUUCCAAUUCGGAGACGAAUGUUCAGUCUCCCGUCAACAGCAAGAGGCCACUUGAAAAGAUGGCAUCCUCUAGAAAGCUUUCUUCCAGCAUGCAAUCCUCUGCACGGCCAACACAGACGCCUCAAUGAAAAUCCGAAUAGCAGUUUCAUUAUUUUCUGUAAUGCAGCUAUUUUUUGAUGUGCCUAAGAAGAAUAUAAAGUAUAUAGUAUAUACCUGUAUUUUACUUUUCUCAAAGAAAAUAUGUAAAUGAUCAGAAGCGCCUUUCUAUCCUGCCAUGGAACCAAAUCGUUGCCUCUGGCAAGGUAUGGUAUAUGAAUCUACUACUGUUCACCAGUUAGGAAUGUUUUAACAUAGCACUUUGUAUAUAUUUUUCUCUCUCCAAUACUGCUUAACUCUAACAGAAGAUAUGUAAAAUACUUUUUAACUUUCUUUCUUCGGUCACGUGAUGAAAUUCCUCGGAGCGCUGUACCAGCUUGCUCCACUUCUACACUUGGUGCUAUUUAAAGUCCAGUGGGCCACGGGCGCUGAUACAGUAGCGUUACAUCAUGAAAUUUUGCGACCUACUGGGGUUUCGCGAUUUCAUUGGUACCUCUCCGAGCCUGCUCUCGAACCCCAACCGUUUUCUUUUUGUAUCUGAGAGUAGCUACAAGUGUUCAAGUAGCAUUACUGCCCUUACAAAUGUGUGCAACAAUGGUGACUAUUGACCGUUAGCUGAAAUGUUACUGUGUGAAUGUGAUCAAAUAGCAAGUUAGUGGAGGACAAUCUUUGAGCUGUUUAUUCCUGUGUGAUCUUCAUGGAGGAAGUGUAGGCCCUGCAUGAUUUUGUUUUGUAUAUUUGGGGGGGUUAUAAUGAGAGACUCACAUGGUCAUACUUGAACCAUUUCAUUUCUGCCAAAUCCAAUGCCAACCUAUCAGCAGUUAAUUUUGCUUGCUUUGAAUCCUUGUGUGACAGUUCUACCUUCAUAUUGAUCCGUGGACAAGCUGUGCAAUAGUUUUUAACACGUUGUAGGGGAAAAUAUAUUGACAAGAAACACAUUGAAAUUAAUAGAAACAAUAGAUUUUAAAGGAAAAUACUGUGCAUAUGCAAUAGUAAUGGGAGAUAUUUAAUCAAAGCAUCACAGACGGAUUUUCAGGAAUGUUCCGCCUCGCCAUAAUAUGCCUCAGAUGCGUUUAACAGGUUUUUUUUUGUGCCAAGGUUAUGUGAUUAGCGCUGGGUUUAAUGUCCAGUUGCGAAAUAUAUUUCCCUUCUCCAGUAAGCUGGGACAAGUUCAUCCGGACUAGUGCGAAUGUUAUUUUUGAUGGGAGGAAUGUAUGGUUAAGCAAGUCAUUUGAAUACUGUGACAUCUGCAUAAUGGUGUCAUUAAAUCAGCUGUCGUUCAGCUCGCUGGCCUGUAAUUAAAACAUUAAUCCACGCAGUGCAGAUGCAACUAUUAAAACUUCUCAUGUUCAUGCUGCUUUUGGUCUUGGUGACGCACCCUUAUCGCUCAAAACGCAGAUACUUUAGCAAUGACCUUACUAAUGUGUAGCAACCUAACUUUUUUUUUCCGUGCAACUGGCCCGUAUUGUGUGCACUGAAGAAGUAUUUGUACAAAAGCAGUAUUGCAUGAUGCAUGCACUUAACUAUGCAAGUGACCGUUGCUAAACAAGACUAGUCUGGUUAGCGAUGUCUGCUUUUUUGAUUCCAACAGAGAGCAUGAAUCCUUUCUUUUAUUGCUUUUUUGCACACUUUUGUAGAACUUCAUUUUAAAAAACUGUAAUAUAAGAACAUAAAUUAUUAGCUUUAACAGCUCACGUCGGCAUUGUAUUUUCAUGCUGUUUUCCAUUUAUACACUACCUUUUGUUAUUAACGCUGUUAUUGUUUUAAUUCGUAAAGGAAUAGUUCACUUUCAAAAUGAAAAUUCUGUCAUCAUUUGAUAGAUGUCUUCUCUUCUGCAGAACACAAAAGAAAAUAUUUUGAAAAAUGUUGGUAAUCAAAAACCUUCUAUGGACACAAAACCAAUGCAAGUCAAUGGGGACCAACGGUUUUUGGUUACCGACAUUUUUCAAAAUAUCUUUUGUGUUCUGCAGAAGGUGAGCUAUUCCUUAAGGUGUCUAAGGGUCCCUCCAUGAGUUUAUAUUUUUAUAGUAUUUCUAUAGUUUGAUUUUGCUGGUCAUCAUGCUUUUAGAUAUAGUAUGUACUUUAAUAUCACCUGUGUUUCUUCACUAUACUGUAGGUAUUCAUUCGGUGCACACGAUUCCCUGCAGUACUGACACACUAAAUGUCUUUCACGUCAUUCCAUGUCUUAAGUUAUGAAAUUGUCGCACCACGACACAUAUGGUGCGAACCAUAUGGCAGAUCUGUACAGAGAUUUCUGAGAAGUGCUGUUACCUCUUCAGUCUUGUUGCAUAUGGGAUCUUUUAAACCGCUCAAGGCUGGCUCAGAUGAACAAUACGAGAUGGUCUUAUCAGGAUAGGACAGAUUAUUUUAUCAUUAUAAUAAAGCUGUAUCAGUCUUACGGUAUGAUAUGUGUGCUCUUGGUUUACACACUGGACUUGAGUGAUUUCUUUUUGUCCCAGAACAGUUGUAAUGUACUGUUCACAAACUGGUACCCACUCGGUGGGCCGAUAACUGGGCUGCCAUUUUAUUAUAUUAACAGCAGUCUGGGUCGACCAUAAGAGGAAAAUAAUAUUUGGUUAAAACAAGAACCAUGUAAAUGUUUGGUUGCAUGAGACUGUGUCAAAUGCUUUAAUUUAUUUGUACAUUUAUGUGUGUAUGCACUUUUUUAUUUUGAGGUUUUUAUAUUGUUUUAAAGAACGCAUUUCAUUUGUAUUCAUAACAUGUCUCCCCAAUGUAAGUUGGAGGUUGAAUUAUAAUUAAAAGAUGGACCUGCAUUAAAGGUCUGAGCUCA